AUGAAAGUUGACGUUAGUGAGGUAUUUCGAAACUACGACCAGAAGAAAACCGUAGAACAUAUUGAGAACCUACGAAAUGACAUCAGAAGUAAGGAAGAAUCCAUAAAAACAUUUUUGAAAGAAAAAAGUAGCCAUGUGAUAGAUAAUACGAUAAAAAUUAAAAGUGUGUAUGCAAGUGUGGACAAAAUAAAAUGUCACUUGGAGGACAUCAUUUGCUCGUACAACGAUUUAAUCGGUGGUGUUAGAAACACAGCAUCGGUGAAUUUUGGAGAGUCAUCAGUGCACACACAAAAAUUAAGGGAAUCGGAAAAGGACAUCAUAAAAGAGGUGUGGAAAAAAAAAUGCGAUAGUUACGAUUUUUUAUUUCAAAGUUGCCAUUUGGGAAGAAGCACAGGAGAAGGGGAAGGUGCCUCAUGUGAAGGUGCAUAUCAUAUUGUAAAAAUGGAAAAGGAGGAACUACUGAAUUACGACUGCUUCUACCUUAACAACUAUAUUAACCAUGCAUAUCUUGACGUGAAUAAAAAGAUGAGUGAGGAAAACUACUCAUUUGUUCUGAAUAAAUUAUACACGGAUAUAUUUCUCUGUAUCAAGGUCCUCAGCUCUUUGCUCAAAAAUGAAAAAAUUAAAAACAUUUACAUUAACAUGUUUAAUAGCAAUAGCUCCAUUUUGUACUUAAAUACGUAUGUAAAUAAACACAAGGAAAAUUUCUGUGACAUUUUGCAAAAGUUGAUAUAUGCCUCUUACCACAAUUUGGCAUAUAACUAUUCGUGUGGAAUGGAUAGCAUUCCACAGUCAGUAAUUGUGUUAUUGCUUUUUUACAAGAAAGAAAAUUGCCAAGUCGUGGAAUUUGUAAAUAAUGAUUUGUUCAAGGAAAUUCUCAACGCGAGAAUUAAUUUGUUACACAACUUUGUUCGUAGAGGGAGCCAUGUAGAGGAUGAGGCUCUCCCCCUCCACAAGGUAAAAACGUUAUUUUUGCAAGUCACUUAUCUAGUUUUACACACUAAAUAUAUGAUCCUUCUGCUAAUUGAUGUGAGUAAUGAGAGCUUGCGCCAAAGGGUGAAGGACAGCCAUGUUAGCGGUCUCGAACAGGGAUGUCCCGUGGAGUGGGAGGAUAAAACUGCACAAACUUGUGACGACCACACUCAUGGGAACGACGCAGUGGACACGGAGGAAAAAAACCUAUUCCUGCGAAAAAUGCAGAUGGAGCUGUUCAUCCUGCAGAAUAUAUCUCAUGAAAAGGCAAAGAAAAACAAGCAGUACUUCAAUUAUGCCAUAAAUAGCAUGGAAGAAAUAAAGAAAACUCUGAACGAAGGAAUUGAUGAGAAAUACAACUUAGUACACAAAACGUAUGUCCAAUUUGCGCGCCGCACUUAUGAAUAUAUGAUCCACCUUCUGCAUGUUUACUACUGCAAAAAUGAUUACGGCGUCACGUGCGGCCAGUUGUUCACAGAGUAUGCAAAUAUAAACAAACUGUACAACAAAAUGAAGGGUAAAAUGGAGAUGAAAGAAAGAUACUAUCGUAAAUAUAUUAAAGAUGUCGAUUUUUACCUGAACAAUAAUUAUCUGCAUGCUAUUCAUGAGGAAAUUUUCGAGAUUUUUUUUUUCCUUUUUUUUAACAAAUUUGUGUGUGCAAUUCCGUUUUUUGAUAAAAAUCCAAUUGAUAAGUGGAAGCUCGUAAUGACAAAAUUUUUGCACAGUUUGUUUUGCAACAUUUCGAUUUCUUAUGAGCGAAAUUGCGAAAUUAAAAAUUGGGUGUUUUAUUCAUUCCUGCUGAAUUCAUUUUAUUACUACUACGAAUUUUUUUCCAUCAAUUUGGAUAGCAUAUACGUGCAAUUUUACAAUGUGGACAGGGACUCAAGUGAAGACCAACAUACAAAAAAAAAUGAUCACAAAGAAGCAACAGAGCGUGUGCAAGCGGGGGGUAACGCAUCCAAAGAGGGACAUUUUCAUAAUGGCUUUAAAAAAAUUUUAAAAGAAAAAAUUCACCCCCUUAUAUUUUCAGCCUACAAGCUGAUUAUCUUCGUAGAAACCAAAGAAAUUAACCACAGCGCGAAUGCGGACUUUCUGCUUGUAGACCAAGGCUCACAUGAUGCUGCCGAUUUUUUCAAAAUGUUCGACUCGUUUAUGAGUAUUUUGAAAAGUCACACAGGGGAAGGGGCACACGUCAAAGAGAAUGCAAAUACAAACGCGAUCGUGCAGGGAGAACCAACUUCCAACCGCAGUUGUAGUUUAAAUAGGUGCUCUAAUCUGCUAUGCUUCUUAAAAGUGCCGUUGAGCGAGGAGCCCACCCACUUGGCAAACACCCCAAGGGGGAAGUGCCCGAAUGGUAAGGCUACCAUGCGUGACAGUAACGUGGAUUGCGAAACGGUGAACCUCGACCAGGAAGAACAGAGUGACAUGAUGAAAGGAAGGGGACUGCCUCACAGUGAGAACAUGCCCAAUCGUGGUGACCAAAUCGAAGAGACAGAAAACUCGGAGGAGGAAUAUAAGGAGCUCCAUCUCUACGUAAACCUGCUUAAGCAUAACGAUAAGCGCGCGUGGGCCCAUUUCCUCAGUCCCCGCGAGGCCAGCGAUGAAGAGGCACUACAGAACGACUUCGAGGGGGAGCCCAAUUUUUCCCUCAAUGAUUUAAAAAGCAUUUUUCUACACAUCGUGUACAAAAUAUUGAAGACAUCUCUGAAAUGCUUCUGCGUGGAAUAUCUGCACAAUUUGGAGGAGUAUUUACAUUUCUACCUGAACAUGUUAAUAAAUAAUGAUAUAAAAAAUAUUUUAUGCGAAAAAAUGAACGGCCACUUGGUAAAUAUUUUCUCCUUUUCCAAUCUGUUUAUCCUCUACGUUGAAAGGUUAUUCAACACGGAUGAGUAUCAAAGCAUAAUUAUCUUCCUAGUAAAAACUGCGCUACAGAAGGAGAUAUACAAAAUAUAUUCGCAAUUUAUUUGCCUUGUGGAAGAAGUGUACUCUUCCCAGUAUGCACACGCGAAUGAAAAAAAUAAAACUCUGUUAAAUAAAAAAGUAACCGAAUUGUAUAACAUUAUUUUGUUGGACUUAUCAUUUUGUUCAUAUAUUUUGGACAAUAAUAAUAUCAUACACAAAUCCACGUAUGAUGAUCUGAUGCAGCGGUAUAGAAACUACGAAAGGUAUUACAUCAAGUCCUGCCUUUACUUUGUUCACAUAUAUAAAGAAAAAUAUAACGCACCCAUUUUGGGAAAAGCUAAACGAAAAAGACGCGGAAAAGAAGGAAAAAAAAAAAAAACAGAAAAGUACUCCUUUAAAUAUUUAAUUGAUAAAAUUUUGACGGAACUGAAUAAGCUAGACAAUCUUAAUGGAAUUAUUUUCCAAAAGCAUAUACGCCUCUUAGCUCAGAAUGUGAUAUGCGACUCGUACUUUUUAUAUUACUUAUUUGUCCAAGGACCCACCAUUAAUAACCUUUUGGGCAAUGUGCAGACGGACACAAAAACGAGUUCUUUGGAAAUUUUCCAUUUUAAUCAAGUCAGCUCCAUUGACGACAAUUCGAUUGAGGACAAUUUGUUGAAGUUUUUUUUUUAA